AUGCGCUUCCAUAUAGCUCUUGUUCUCGCCUCGGGCUCGGCUGCAGCAGCAGGACCCAAUAUAACAAAUAUAUGUACAGUUCUACAAGAAAAUCUACACGUCGUCCCGCAACUCCCGGAGACAUGUAGCCUUGCUGCUUGUCUCAACUUGACUGCUCAGCUUACUUGCAUCGCCAACGCCAUUGCUAAUGGUGACCUUGCUGCGUUGCAGAAGUGCUUGACAACUUCCAUGAGUCAGAUAUGCUCUUGUGUUGCUUGUUUCCCUAUGCUGAGCAAUAUCCUCAUUGCUCUUGGUGUAUGCCCGGUGGCGGCUCCUCCCCCUCCUCCGGCCGAUGGGGAGGGCGAAGUUCCAGAGGAGCAACCGAGAGAUAUCUCAGUUUGA